AUCAUUAGACCGUGCAAUAUAUAUGCGCAAUAACUAGUCGAGUCAUCAAGUGAAUCCAUAUAUAGCACGACGUUCAAUUCAGGAGAUUUAGAGAGAGAUCCGAAGUCUAAAAUUCAUGGGUUCUCAAACGAUGCCAAUUCCCACCAUUGAUUUAACCUUGGAGAACUCGAAACCUCAGUCGAGUUCUUGGGUCACCACGUGCAACGACGUCCGGCUCGCGCUCGAAGAGCACGGCUGGUUUGUUGCGAAGUACGACAAGCUGUCACCGCAUCUUCGAGAGGUGAUCUUGUCCGACCUGGUAGAGCUGUUUAAGCUUCCGUAUGAAACCAAAAUCCAGAACACGAGCGAUAAGCCUGCGUUCGGCUAUGUUGGGAAGAUCGCCGCGAUCCCUCUUCACGAAGGCUUGGGGAUCGACAGGGCCACAGAUUUGGGAGAGUGCCAGAAGUUCACCAAGCUCAUGUGGCCAUCGGGCAACGAUCGUUUCUGCGAAAACGCUCAACUCUACGCGAAGACAGUUGCGGAAUUGGAGCAGACGGUGGUGAGGAUGUUGUUCGAGAGCUACGGUGUGGAAAAGCAUUGCGAGUCUCACCUCGGAGCCACCACUUAUCUGUUGAGGUUCCUGAAUUACCGAAGGCCCGAGAACGACGAGGCGAACUUGGCGUUCGUGACUCACACGGACAAGAGCUUCAUCUCCAUUCUCCAUCAGAACCAUGUGAGAGGAUUGGAGUUGAGAAACAAGGACGGAGAGUGGAUAGGGUUUGAGCCCUCGCCUUCUUCGUUCCUUGUCUUGGCUGGGGACGCAUGCAUGGCAUGGAGCAAUAACCGAGUAAGGCCUGGUUAUCACAGAGUGGUGAUGAAAGGGAACGAGGCAAGGUAUGCACUUGGACUGUUCUCGUUCCGGGGCGGACUGAUAGAGACCCCGGAAGAGCUUAUCGACGACGAGCAUCCAAUGCAAUAUAAGCCGUUCGAUCACGUGGGCCUGCUCCGUUUCUACGACACGGUCGACGUCCGUGAGAGAGCCAAGCAUACCAUGACCAAAGCCUACUGCGGAGUCUGAAAUCGACUCUCUAUGGUUGGCGCAGAAGGAGAGGCGAACUCUGAACCGAAAGAGAAUAAAUAAAGUUUAAAGUGUGGAGUGUGGAGUGUGUCAUAAUUUGUGCUUCCUCAACGAGUGAGCUAUUAGAUAUGAUUGUUUAUGAAAUUGUGACUAUGAAGUUACAAGUUGCUUUCAUAAGUAUGGGAAGUGUAUUAAUUCUGUGCUGCUAGCUAACUUCGGCUGUCAUAAAUGGUUUC